AUGCCUCGUCCAAAUGAGAUGCAGCUCUCAGCUGCACGGGAGGAUCGACUUCAACGGGCACUGCAUGAAAAUCACCGACUCAAACGUGAGGUCUUGGAACUGCAAGACAAACUCAAACUCGUACAAGUGAAGUUUCACAAAGUGACAAGGGACCUUAAACGAGUCUCACCGGAGGUACUGCAGGAGUUGGAGAAUGUUACUACUCAACCUUCUCUUCCUCACACACUGCCGCCUCCUUCUACACUACACAGUACGAGACCUCACUCCUCUAGCGGCGCCCUCCCACAAGGGAAACGUACCUCAGGGGAAGCUACUUCCGGCAAACGACUGUUAUCAACAUCAUUGCCUCCAUUAACAGCCUUUGAGGGCGGUUCUGCACCUUCUGCAGCAGACGUGGAGGAGUUGCAACGCUGUCGUGAGGCCUUACAGCGGGCGCAAAUGGAAAUUGCAUCAUUACGUGCUGCGGCACAGACAGUGGCCGUCACUUCAUCAUCGGCAUCACCAGCAGUGACAUUGGUAUUAGAUCAACUACGGCAGGACCUUGAACGUGUGGUGACAGAGAGAGAUCGGUUAAAUAGAGAGUGUGAUACUCUUCGAGAGCAGUUAGGUCGAACACAAGCUGAGUUAAACAAUGUUCGUUAUUCUCAUGAACAACAACGUUCUUUUGAGAAACAGUCCUAUGAUGUUCUUAGUGAGAAGGCUAAAACUGUGGAGGGUGCGAGGAUACAAUCAGAAAUAGAAUAUCAAAAAAUAAUUGACGCUCUUACACAAGAGAAGGAUGCGCUUGCAUUAAAACUACGUCUCAUGCUACAAGAAGAAGCAGGAAGACAACAUGAUUUAGCUCUAGUAGAUCCUGUAGGACUCAUUCAAUUACAAAGUGAUAUUCAAGACAAGUCUAAGCAAAUUACAAUUUUGACAAGCCGUAUGCAAGGGGCUCAACAACAAGUAGAGACUCUGAAAGGAGAAUGUAACCGUCUAGUAGAGGAACUUCAACGUUUUCACUCUGUCUUGGCAGAAACAAAACGACAGUUAUUUGAAGUGGAACAUGAAAAAAGCAUAUUACAAGUUCGUUGUGCAAGAAUGGAAGAACUUGAAGAGGCAUUUAAACGCAAGAGUGAAGAAAUUAUUCGUCUAGAACAAGAACUUCUUCGAACAGCUGGAACUCUUCAGAGUUGUAAUCGUGAAACAGAAGAAGCGGUACGACGAGAACUUUCCACUCGUAUUGUUGAUCUUCAAGAGAUGCGAGAUAGUGCAGAGUCUAGACGACGUGAAAAAGAGUCUCAGUUACUUGAAGCGCAGCAUCAACUUGCAGAGUUGCGACGACAAUUAGAGGUUGCACGUGGAGAUGCACAGAUGUACCGUGAACAAUUACAGAAAGCAGAAAAGGAACGUAUGGAAUUGUCAAGACAUGCGGCAUUAGCAGGCCAUACAGUGGAAGAGUUUGGUGAAGAAGAUGUACACCGCGCCCUCGCCGUCGCCGCCGUGCGUAAAGCAGCGAGAGGAACAGGCACAACACGAACAAAGACAUUAACAACAACAUCAACAACAGCAACAGAAGGAGCACGAGGAAAAGGUAUAGAUGAAGUGGCCAAUAGACAAUCCGAAGAAGCCCAAGAGACACUGGAUAUGUGGGAAGCACUACAGUGGGAUGAGGGUUGGGAGGCGGAUCAGCUACGGGAAGCACUCGCAAGUGCGGCACUGGAUAUGGAGCUCGCAAGUACACGAUGUGCACAAAUGAGUGAACAGAUAGAACAUGGACGGAAACUUCAACAAGAAUUAGCAAAAGAACGUGAUACAUUAUUAGAAGAAAAUAUAGAAAUGCGUCGACGACUGACACAUGUGCAAACAGUCUUUGCUAAACAACAACUAGAGGCAUAUAGAGUGGCAAAAUUACGUGGAAGUGAAGAAGGUAGUAUAAAGAAUGCUGGUCUUAUUACAUUUAAUAUUCGUGAUUUAGAGUGUGAUGCAGGUCUUUUACGUGCUCUUGGUAUUAGUGAUCCUAAUGGUGCUGCUGUUGCAUUAUUUUUCUCAUUGGAUGGAUUAAAAUCAUAUGAUACAAUGCUUUCACCGACAUUUUAUUCUCUGGAUGAGCCACUAGAUAUUACAUUCCGUUAUGACCAUAUGGAACGAGAUGAGAUUACUCUUUCUGAUAUUCGCAAUACAACAUUUAUCUUUCAACUUCAUCAAGUUCAUGGGGCAACCAAUACUGUUAUAGCUAUGGCAGAAUUACCUGGUGUGGCAUUACUUUCAUGUCGUGAAUUAACAGUAUCGGAACGAAUUGUAAUGUUAAGUGGUAAUGGAGAACCAUCAGGUGCCAUAUCUAUUGAGAUGUGUGCAUCUAAUUUAAUGCUUCCAAUUCUACUCAAUAGACCACUUUUAUCAGAGACCAAUGAAAACAAGAUUAGUAGUGGUAAUGACAAUACGGAUAUGUUCUUAACCUCAGAGGCAUUACGUGCGGCAUUAAUAUCUCUCCGUAGUGUAGUGGCAUUACGAGUGCAGGUAUUUCGUGCUGACGGAUUAUUGGCUCCACCCACACCGCAGCCGUAUGUUUUCUACACAGCAUCUGCGCCAAGCGGGCUUAGUUGCGUUCGUGACACCGUUGUACGUACAUCUACGAAAGCUUUUACCACAGAUCCUGUCUUUGAUGUUGACCCUGUGGAUCACCGCCUGGUGGUGGAUCGUGAACUUGUACAGUUUGUAGCCGAGGGUGUUAUUGUGUUUGUUGUGUUUGAUGAACAGGCGAAGGAGGUGCGGGCAAAUUUGGGUGUGGUUGAGGUGCCGCUGCGUCCGUUGUUGGCCUCACCGCAGGCGGUGGUGCGCACAACAGAAGUGCUGCACCCGCAAGGCACGUUGAGCGUUGGUCUCUCGUGGGUUUGCAGGGCAUAG